AUGGCUGACCAGGUGGAGAACGACGCAGAAGCGCUGCAGCUUCAAUCCACAGUUACGGAGCAGGAUGCCAGCCUGGCGCUGAGCAGCAAUGACACGGACAACGACACCGGCAAUGACACAGGAGAGGAAGACAAUGACGACUUCAUCGGCUCACCGGCUUUCUUUGGCAUCAUUGCUGGAAGCAGCUGCUGUUGUUGCUGCGUGGUUUGCUGCUGGCUGCGCCGUCGCUACGUCACAGAUGUCUAUGCGGAUUGGGAAGAAAGCGAGGAGGAAGGCUUCGAAGAAGAUCCUGUGAUUGAUGUGAUCUCAGAGAAGAGCGUCGUGUCCCCUGUGUCUCACAAGCCUAAAGAGCGAUCUCAGACGCACGUGGUGCUGGUGAUCUGCAGCCGCGCCUGCAUAUGGGCCGCUGCAAAGCAUCAAGGCGAAGUCGUCGAUGCGAUGGUGGGAUCCAAAGAGCUGCCUUUUGAGAGAGAGGCGGUGGACACCUCUACUUCAGCUUCCGUGACGGACCAGCUGCUGAAAAAGAUCGUCUUGCGCAGAGGGGAAGAGCUCGAGGACACCGGCAGGAGAACCUACGGUGACCUCAACACGUUCCGCGUGCUGGGUGGCUUUGCCUAUCUGCUGGACCGUGAGAAGGCGGCCUCGUGCCCUGCUCCCACGGCAUUCGCCAGCGCUAUGACAUCGGAUACCAAGCCAGAGCAGUAUCUUCGCUGCUCCUGGAAUGGGGAGGCCAGUGGAUGGAACGACUUUACCAGGAGAGUCAGACUGGCCUUCGAGCAGACGCCUCGAAAACGACGACAUUUGUUGGGGCCGCAGAUUGUCGGACAGCUGACAGAUAGGGCAUGGUCGAUCACGGGCAACAUCGAUCAUAAACAGCUGUGCCGACGAAACGGCGUGGUCUACUUGCUCCAGUACCUCAAGGAGGCCCUUGGACGGCUUCCUGUGCCCGACAUUGGAGUCAGGCUCGAAGCUUUGAUCUUGAGGAUGAAGCGGCAGCCGAAUCAAUCGAUGGCGACCUGGGCUGCACAUUUACGACAGCAGUAUCGCCACCUCCAGGUUGCCUUGAGCCGUGUCAGGACCCAAGAACAGAUGGACUCAGGAGGAGUGAAACUUCCGUCUCGAGGCACCUCCUCCACGGGAGCUUCGCCUCACAGGCGAGCCAGUGACCAUACCGUUGAGGAGCCCCAAGCCGAGCAAGAGGCCGAGACGCCUGAUGAAGAGACGGCUACUGUGGGCCCCGAGGACCUGGAAGAGGAGCUGGAGGCCGCUGGGGAUACCCCAUCGGGCUCACCACGACGACGCCGUGGAAGGAAAGACUCCGGCAGCGACGACUCAGUCAAGGCUCUAGAAGACCUCAGCCUAUGGGAUGCCCAUGAGGAGAAGCUGCCGGAGGUCCUACCGUCGGAAGUGCUUGGAUGGCUUCUGCUGAGGAGAGCCAACUUGGGGACCCAGGCUCGACUAUCUGUCCAAGCCGCUGCUGGGAAUAGUCUUCGGCUCGAGGACAUCGAAAAGGCGUUGCGUGGGAUGGAAGAUGAGCUGUUGGGACAAGAACAAGUGGGGCGAGGCCACCAGAAGGGGGAGUCUCGACGACGGACCUUCUGGGUCGAAGAGGCUGGCGAGUGGUCUUUGGUCCUGGACAACGCGGAGUUGGAAGAAUCCGUGGAUGCAGGUGAGACCGUCUAUGUUGGGAAUCGCUUGCCUCCUCAGGUCUACGCGCACGCCCCGGCAAUCCUCGAGGAUGGUGUCUUAUCGGAGGGCACUUGGUGGAACCAAGGAGAUUACGAACCUUACGCCGGAUGGCCUGAGGACGCUGCGUGGUGGAACUGGGAGGAUCCUGAAGAUCUUCUCACGCCUGAGGAGCACAAGGAGGUUGACGAGGCCUACGCGAUCGCGGAGGCCAAGGUCAGGAACUUUGUCCAGGCCCGGCAAGCUGUGAAAGCUAGGAAUUUGUCCCGCGGCUUCUACCCGUUCGCUCCUCAAGGUAAGUCGGUUCCCAAGGGCAAGCAUGGCAAGGGAAAACACCGAUUCCCCAAGGGAAGAUCUUCGGCUGCCUCCUCUUCGGCUUCUUCGGCACCCGUGAUGGCUGCAGGAGAUGACAAUGGAUUCCUGGGAGCUGCAGUAGGCCAACCGGGCUACUCAGGCUGCUUUAUCUGUGGUUCUAAGGACCAUGACUUCCGUACGUGUCCGAAGCGACAGGGGAAAGGCAAGGGGCCACGCCCCGGCGGAGUUCAUUUCAUGGAGGCGUCCGUGUUCACGGUGACGGCUGAGCCUCUGGAUGAUGACCCGGGGGAGGUCCCGACUUUCAUGAGCCAGGACGAGCGUGAGGGCUUGGAACUCACUGGGUUUGCUGUGUUGGACACUGGGGCGACAGAGACGGUAGGUUCCCUUCCCGCCGUAGAGCAGCUCAUGAAAGCACGGCACCAACACUUAGGAGUUGCAGAACAAGUUCAGGUGGUGGAUCAGCCUCCCAAACGGUUUAAGUUCGGCAAUGGAGAGUAUGCCUAUUCCGCUUCGUAUAUCCUCCUUCCCCAACAGCUUGGAGACCAUGAAAUUCAGUUAGGAAUAUUCACCCUUGACGUCACCGGCGUUCCACUGUUAGUCGGCAUACGCACUCUUCGCAGACUGGGGGCUGUCUUGGACCUCUCGAAGUUCGUAAUCGUCUUCACAUCAGUCAACAUGCAUAGGGCUAUUCCUCUAAGACGAUCACCCAGUGGCCACGCGCUCCUUGAUCUUCGCGGUGACUGGCUGUCCGGAGGAUGCCUGGUUGCCGAUCUUGGCAAGGACUUGAGCUGCAGUCCGCCCUUGGAAGAAAACUUCUUGGAGUCUGCGUACAUGUUGAGUGAUGAGCAGCAAGUAGCUGAGGGACAUGUGCGCUGCAGUGCGAAUCGCGUCGGUGACCCUGCAUCCGAGUGCCUACCUGUUGAAUCCUGUGAUUCGGUACCCGUCGGGCAGCACGGUGGCUCUAGCCACUCCAAUUCGAUGAGAUCGCUAGUGACCUUGGCGACCCUCGCGGCCACGAGCUCGACUUCGGCGGCGAGCUCCAAGGGAAAGGGCAAGGCCAAGCCCAAGGUGGAAAUGUCUCCGUUGGACUACGACAGACAGGAGGGCGUGGAUCCUCGGGACCCAAGGAGUUUGUCGUGGCAAUCACACUCCCAAGACUCGAGCAAACCAGUAUGCUCAGUGGACGUUGUGCACCAAGACGCCAAGGAGAUGAUCAAGAAUGCGGAUCCGGAGACCGAGUUCUACCCCACCAACAAGGAGAUCAGCUUGACGGCCGCCGAGAACUCUGCACUACGACAACUGGAACGAGUGCGUCGACUUCGCCGAGUCUCCUGUUUCCCCAGGGACAAUCGUGAUUCCCCAGACGGCCGAACCGGAGGAGAUGCCGCCACACCCGGGGAGAAAAUCCUCACGGCCGAACGAAACGAUAGCCGAACAGCUGGAGUACCAAAACCGAUCCUGAACAACCUGGGGGUCGAGUCCGUUCUCGAGGACCAUGUUUACGAGAGCCGAACAGCUGGAGUACCAGAACCGAUCCUGAACAACCUGGGGGCCUGUUAUAGAGUUCAGAUAGAGAACUACCACCAAGUCGAGAGUCUGUGUCGAAGGUACAUCGAGAUGGCCAAGUUCGACAUGAAUGCGCUUGAAGAGGUGGUCAUGCUAGUCGAGGGCCAUCAGACCGGGUCGUUGCGACAGGCCUGGGACACAGCACGGAAGGGGUCGUUCUCUCUCACCUUCGGGCUCUAUGCACAUGGCAAUCAGCUUGGAGUGACUCGGGUUACACAUGAAUAUCCCACGCUGUGCGAGUACGUCAACCGAUGUGUUUCGGCAUGGUUCGGCCGGGAUGAGUUUUCAUGGACGUCCGUCAGUAUAUUACUCAACUGCAAGAGUCAGCUGCACCGAGAUAACCACAACCAUGCCGCCUCGCUGAAUGCAACAUGUUCGGUGGGGACUUUUCAAAAUGGAGAGUUGUGGAUUCAAGCGACUGAAGGUGAGGACACUUGCCCAGGGCCGUUGCGUUGGCGGAAGCUUCCUAGUGGAACUCAGGCACCUGGCUAUAUCGUGAACACCUACAAGAAGCCGGUCGCCUUCAACCCCAAGGUUUUCCACGGGGCUAUGCCAUGGACUGGAGUCCGAGGAUCAGUGAAUGCAUACACGGCGCGAUCAGUUACGUCGAUUGACCCUGAGAUCCGACGUCAGCUGCGGCGUGUUGGUUUCCGGCUGCCCCGAAAGGAGAAGGUUCCCACGGCCAUGAUCGCGGAGGACCUGGAUUCUGAGGAAGAUCAAGGGCCAAGUGACCCUGACGGCGUCGAGGAGAUCCUCACUGCUGAGGACAAGGUGGCGAUCAUGCAACCGUUGAAGGAGGCCAACGAAGCCCUGGAUGAGAUCUUCAGCGCCUAUCCAUCGCCACCAGAAGUUCAGCUGGUGCAAGUAUGUGAACCGUGGAUGGAACCCGACCGGUUGGCACAGGAGCUUCUGGACCAUGGAAUUACCUCCAUGAAGUUGAGCUACGAUCAAGGUUGUGACCUCACCAACCACGAGGGCUAUGUGACCGCACGACAUCAACUACGGCAGAAUCGCAAGCUCUGGCUGUGGUGUCAUAUUCCGCGUGGACCCCCUAUCCUGUUCCCUCCAGAAGAUGAUUUUCGAGCCAGUGUCAAGGCCCGCAAGUACUUGAAGGUGAUACGACAUCUACUACUCCUGUCUCGAGAUCAAUUGCAAGGCGGAGGGCAGGUGGUUUGGGUAAUCCAGCCGGAGAGUCAGGUCUUGACCAUCAGUGAGGUCCGUCGCUUUUGGAAGCAAUACGGACACGGAGGCCGACCAUUGGACCUCGGUGUUUGUCGGGUGGCCUCGACGUCUGCCAACCUUAUGAACUUCCUCGAUCCCAACAAUCACGACAUUGGCCAGAUUUGGAAGCGACUUUGCCAAGGACUACAACCACGUGAUGAACCAGAGAUUGUUUGGAAGGAGGAGGCCCAUGUCAUGGCGGUUGACCUCACACCCCUGAAUACCUUGACUUCUCAAGAGCUGGAAAAGUUGAUGUCAGUGGCGCAUCAACUCCAUAGGAAGUUUGGCCAUCCCUCCAACCGCUUGCUAAUCAAGAACCUGAAGGCGAGGAAUGCUGAUGCCAAGGUCAUUGCCGCAGUCAGCCUGCUGAAGUGUGAUGAAUGUCAAGAAGGAAAAAUCAAGCUGCCAACUCCAGCGGUGAACCUGGAAAGGACCGACAAACUUUGGUCAUGCUUGCAAGUGGAUGGUUUCUCUAUGAGGCUGUCCAAUCAAAUCCACCACUUCGUGCUAAUGGUGGACGAGGCUAGUGGAUAUGCUGUGGUCCGGGAAGCUUUUCGACAUCCGGAAGAUGAACAUCAGAAUCUGUCCGGCGCCCAGAUGGUGGAAAUACUGAGGGAAGCGUGGUUUUCCUACUUUGGCUACCCCGAGCAGUUGAAGAUGGAUCUUGAAGGAGCCCAUCGAAGCACUGUGUUGUCCGAGGAGUGCUUGAGCCAUGGCAUCGAGAUUGUUGCAGCCCCGGCGGAACACCAUCAGACCAUCUCUGAAGUUGAGAGGACGAUAGGACAUGUCAGGCAAAAGGUGGAAGUGUUCCUACGAGAGCAAACUAUCGACCCCAAGGUGGCAGCUUUGACUAUGGUUAUGACGCACAACUCCUUGGCACGAGUGCAUGGUUUCUCUCCACUCCAAUGGACGAUGGGUCGUGAUUGGAGUCCCGGCCAACGGCUACUUGAAUCACCUCUUGAUGAACAGGCCGUCCCUCGCACCAAUCCUUUUGGAGCGACUCUUGAAGUCAGGUUGGCCGCCGAAAAGGCGUUCUUGGAUCACCGCGCCCAUGAUGUCGCAUCAAGGGCCAAGAAUGCCAAGACUCGGGGAAGUGUGCAGUUUCUACCUGGAGAUUUGAUCUAUUUUCGGCGACUCCAACGCCCGGCAGACCUCCCGGCUAACAAUGUAGUGGAUCGACCUCGUCUUCGCAUUGGUCGAUGGUAUGGCCCGGGGAGAGUGUUGGCAUGUGAAACCAAGGUGGAUGGAGCAUCGAGACGGCCAUCUUUGAUUGUUUGGGCCAUCGCAGGGGGAAGGCUGAAGCGUUUCCAUGCUUCUCAGCUGCGACACGCUUCCGAAGCUGAACGUUUGGUUGCGGAAGCGACUUCAGCGGUGUCUAUGCCCUGGACUAUGACUUCUCUGAGUAAGCUUAUGUCCAAGGGGACCUAUGAUGAUGAAGCCAGACCUCGAAGGAAGCAUUGGCCCAAAACUCGAGAUGAGAAAAGGAAGAGGCGCAUGACGAACCUUCCGAAGGCAACAGCGACUUCCCCAACGACGCAACCGCCAUCUCAUCCUAUGAAUUCAGGUGACUCUGAAGAAGAGAUGAUUCCCGAUCGGGAGAUGAGGAAACGCGGACCACCCACGGAGACAGGCGAUCAAGAAGAACCAGGUGAUGUCGACCUGGAUAUUGAUCGUCUACUACAUGACGUUGAGUACCUGCCUGCUCCAGUGGAUCCUGGAUUUCAAACCCAGCAUCGUAGCCACGAGUACGAUGAAAGACCGUGGCAUGUGAGAGGACAGAAUCCGAUAGGUUUCUUGAGCGAUGCUGAGCUCGAACAAGGGAUCUUCUCGGCCAUUGUGGACGUACCAGAUGAUGAGCGUGGCUGGAAGCGCAUGCUCAAGGACCCGGGGAAGUUCAUGGCUAAGUCUGUGCAGAAGGGAGUUGAAGUGGCGUGGAACCGUUUGAAUGAGGCCCAGAAGGCGGCGAUGAAUGAGGCCAAGAAGGUCGAGCUGGACUCUUGGAUAUCCAAGCAAGUGGUCCGUGCCGCGUGUCCUUCGAUAACUCCUGACCAAGCACUGAAGAUGCGAAGGGUGUACACGUUCAAGUCGGCCGGAGAAGACCAACCCGGACGAAUGAAGGCAAAAGCAAGGAUUGUGAUCCUUGGAUACAGCGAUCCCACGCUGUUGGAACAGGACACAACAUCUCCCUCUCUUUCUCGAUUGUCGAAGAUGCUUUUGCUGAACGCGGCCACCAGCUACAAAUGGAAGAUCCUGAGUGGGGACGUCAAGACAGCCUUUCUGCAGGCGAAGAAUCCGGCUCGUCUGCAUGCGCUGUAUGGUCAGCCGGUCCCUGAACUGGCUGAAAGAAUGCAGCUACCUCCCCAACGCAUGGUAGAGUUGCUUGGUUCGGCGUACGGACUAACUUCUGCUCCUCGGGAGUGGUUUGUAGACUUGUCCGGGACCCUUCGCCGAUGCGGAGCCCAACGAUGCCAUACGGAUCCUUGCUUAUGGCGCAUCUUUGCCGAUGACGGCCAGACCCUGGUCGGCAUCAUCGGGAUCUUUGUCGACGACCUGCUGUUCGCUGGGAAUGAGGAGGCUCCUGAGUAUACCCGUUUGCUCCAGGAGCUCCACAGCCACUAUGAGUGGAGUCCGUGGGAGGCCGACUCCUUUGUGCAUUGCGGAAUCCGCAUCACUCAGGACGGGGAUUGCUCUAUCCGGCUGGACCACAGUGAUUUUAGCAAGGAACUUGCCCAGAUGCAACCCCGACCGAAGGGCGACGAGACGAAGUUGACCGAUGCAGAGGUGUCGCAGGCAAGGGCAGUGCUGGGAUCUGCCCAAUGGCGAGCGACGCAGACGGCACCGCACCACUCGGCAAAACUCAGUAUGCUGCAAUCUACCUUGAGCACCCGAGAUUUCUCUCUGAUCGAACAGGUGAACAAGUUGGUUCGGGAGAUCCAUGCAGCCAGGCAUGUCUCGAUCAAGGUCCAGAACCUCGGCGGCAGCCCGGAUGAGCUCUGCUUCAUAGGCUUCAGCGAUGCUGCAUUGGCCAAUAGACCAGGGGGAGCGUCUACCGGUGGAUUCCUGCUGGGACUUAUCCAUCCUAGUGACCUGGCAAAGGGCGAGGGACGCAUCAACUUAGUUAGCUGGAGAUCUUCGAAGCUACAACGUGUUGCUCGUUCAAGCUUGGCAGCCGAAGCUCAAGCCCUGUCGGAGCUUGAACAAGAGGCCAUGUUUGCACGCCUCACCUGGCACGAGCUCCUAGGCGGCACCGUGGAUCCUGAUGACCCCGUGAGCGGCGCCGCUAAGGUGAAGGCCACGCUGGUGAUCGAUGCGAAGGCCAUGUACGAUGUUCUGGAAAAGGGGGAUAUCGCUUCUUCGGCGUACUCCUUGAAGGACAAGUAUACCGCCCUGGAGCUUCAGAGUCUUGCUCAGCGAUUGACUCGCCUGAAGACGGUUGUGCAAUGGUGCGACAGCGAUCAUCAGGCAGCUGACGGUAUGACGAAGAGCCAAAAGCAGGACUCAGUGCGCAAGCUCGUGAUGACUGGCACAUGGAGGUUCCGUCUUGACGGAGCUUUUAUCUCAGCUAAGAAGCGGAGAGCGAUGCACCACGAGCCGUGA